GGCGGGGCGAGCGGGUGGUUUUCGCGGAGGAGGCGCGAUCGCCUGGUGACGAAACGAUCGGCGUGAAACGACGUAUGUAUGCACGGGUAUACACGGCGCGAUGAUGAGUUUGACAGCGACGACGGCGACGGCAACGAUCGACACUGAGUGACGCGCUUCCUCCUCCUCCUCCUCCUCCACUGUCUCCUUCUUGCUCCCCCUCGUAACCGCAACCCGGGAGAUUGUUGCGAAUAAGAAAAACGGAGCGACAUCGUUUGACAUGACCGUGAGAGGGAUGCGAUCGAGGAGAGUCCCGUGACGAAACCAGGUCUCGCCAGGCAAUUUAGGUGGCAUUAUUAUGGCAGAAUGGACGAACGUAAAUUGUUACCGUUGCUGAUACUCUUCCUGGCAGGAUGGCAGGAAGCAGUGGCCGUGCAGGUACCGAUGCGAUAUGUAGCCGUGGACGUGGGUAAUGACCUGAAACUGGCCUGUACCGAGGAAGGUGUCCUUUCCCGUUUCGAGGAGAGCGGUAUUUCACAUGGCGAGGCAUCCUAUGUGAUGUGGAUAAGGGAGGGACGGGAGGACGGGCAGGUCGAACGGUUGAAAAUCGAGCCAAACGGCGUGCUGGAGCUGUUGAACGUCAGCGUGGACGACGCCGGCAAUUACUCGUGCACCGUGGACGAAGUCGAGAAAGCUAAGAUCAAUGUGGAAGUCAGAACGCCUCCUCCAGCCCUGCACAAUGUAUGGGUCAAGCCAUCCACGAUUUUGGCCAACAUUCUCUGGGAGGUGGCAGGUACCGGCGGAUAUCCUAUCAUAGAUUUCACUGCCGAAUAUCGUUUGAAACCAGUCGCGGGCGAAGAGCCGGAUGAAUGGAAGACCAUUAUUCCAACACACAUUCCUCCAAAUUCUAGACAAAUAGAUGUGUAUCACUUGGUGCCAAACACUACAUACUCGUUCCGAGUGUGGGCAACCAAUCAGCUGGGAAAAGGAGAGGUCGUGGAGGUCGAGGGUCAUACGCAUUACAGUGUCGAAGAAUUGGAGCUCGCCCGACACCUCUUAGCCGGCGUAGAGAAUUUCGAUACACGCGUCUGGGUGGCAGCCGUAGGUAUUGUGAUGGGCACACUUAUGAUUCUUGGUUUAGGUACAUGUUACCUACUGUAUCGCGAGUGCAAGGCACCCUCGCAGCUGGAGGAGCAGGAGGUGAUUGAGCUCGUCCCCAACAUCAUUCUGAACCCGGGAUUUUUCGACGAGCGCACCGAGCACGUACCGCAGGACGAGAACUUCAACAAUCAGACGACUACGCGCCUCAACAACAACAGCGUCGUGCAACCUAGACGGCUUUAGCGUUUUUUGUUUAGCUUAGACUUGCUCCGCUCCGAAGUGAGUAAAUUGGACGCAGUUUUCCACGUCAUCUCGAACGUAAGUAACCGAAUUUAAUCGGAAAGGCCUCGAGUUUGUCUAAAAGAAAAAAAAAAGAAGAAAGAAUGAGAAACGAGACGAUCGACGAGAUCGAUCCAAGAGACUAAAAGAGACUAAAAAGAAAUGCAAGACUAUUAGCGAUCAUGGCGAAGGGAGAAUACGCUUCGGGGAAAAUUUCGGUACACUUCCAGCAGUCCAUUGGUAGCUUAAAGUGCCUCGCUAGUUUCCUCGACCUUUCUCUUGCAAUCGGAGAUCGAACGAAAGAACCGGCUUCUAUUCUAAAAAGGGUUUUCCGUAGAACCCAAGUGUCUUUAACGCGGAUUUUAAGGAUUCCAGUGUUGUAGAAAGUUGCUAUUAUUCUUGGAAGAUUUACAAACGAUUUCAAGGAUAAAGCGCAAGUAGAUUUUUAUAUGUGCGGUAACAUAGAGAAAAGUGUAAUUUAGAUAGAUUAAAGAGCUCAUUUUUAAAAGAGAACCCGGGAGAUAUAUACAUCUUCCUAUCAAAAUAUUGUAAUAAUGUAAAACAUUAUGAUUUUCAAACUUGUAGAAACAAACGAGACUGUCGAAAUGGAAGGAAUUGAGGAAAAAAAAAGGAAAUAAAGGUUCUCGUUUUUCGUUCUCGUUCGAUCUCUGAUGUUACAACGCAACAAUGAAGUGUUCAAAAAAAAAAAACAAAAACAGAAUGUAAGACUCCACGUCAGAUUUCUUCGCGCGAGAGGAGGGGUAAUAGAUUUUUUUAGAGAUGUUUACUGCAGGACGUUCUCUCUCUCUCUCGCGUAUAGUUACUCAAUUAGAGACACACACUCAAUGAUUGCUCAGUGAUCGAGCUUAAAGGGAAGUGGAACUCCUGUGAGCCAAAAGAUUUGUAGUAAGACUGUAACUCUAAGAGUAUAAUUUUAAAAAAAGAACUCAAAGUGAAUUGCGUGAUGAUCGAACGAUAUUCAAAAAAAAAAGAAAGAAAGAAAGAAAGAUGUACUUUGCACUUGUUUACCUUUUUGAAAAAGUGACGCAAUGUGCGCGAAUGACAUGCGAGUAUUAAGAUUUUUUUAACGUGCUCAUUUAUCGUUUAAGCAAUCGGAUCGUACGUGUAAUGUACAGUAUGACGAACCUACUGCCGUUUUUAAGGUGUGCACAAGUCGAGUUGAAAGAUCCUUCCUAUAGGAAUCUCCUCAUUUUCUUUUCUCGUUAUGUUAUAAAUUUAUUACGAGAAUAGAUACUCUCACUCUUUGUGUCCUCGUUAAUACGCUAUUGCUCGUUAUGUGUGCUCUCUGUGGAAAAAUCCCGCGAGUUCGGAAGAAUUCCGUAUAGACAGGAAUAUCGUUUCAAUUUUAACAUUAGUAUUAUGUUUAUGCACACGAUUAGAUUUUGUCCGUAAUAUUUUUCACGAUUAAUCCGCAUGCGAUUGCUCGAGGGAUGCGCAAUAUUGCUUUUGGCACACUUCUGCACCACCUUUAAUAAUAAUCUAACAUACAACCUAUUAUGUCUACGUAUAUCACCGUCGACUCGCACGUCGUUUCGCAAAAAUCAAAUUUUUCCCAAACAGCGACUAAGGAAAAAAAAAAAAUAAAAAGAAAAGAAAAAGAAACGGACGGAUAGCUGUGCGAAGCACGAGUAUCAAUAGGUGUAAUGUACGAGAAGAUAUAUGGCGUUCCACUUCGGUGGCACCAUUUUUUCCGGCGAUAUUCCAAUCGAUGUCGUGCUCUCUCUCUAUAGUCGAGAAAGAAGCCCCGCUUGUCAUUAGCAUACCGUCGGGAAAUGAGGAGGCGCGGAUAUAUAAGGAGGUGGAAUCGCCCGGGGUACACGCAGCCUACAACGCGCGAAGAAUAAAACGUGCAUUUUCUUUGCAUCGCGUGCAAUAAUAAGAGAUUUCAAUAAUCACUAGCACUUAAUUAUACACUUAACGUUGAAAUAAGAUUGAAGAAUAGAACACAUUACAUAUUUUGAAUAACGCUAUCGUACUAGACGCGAAUGAAUCUCUGUGCUGGUAAUUGAGCAACUGGACACUCUGCAACGCUGUGUCGGGAACACGUGUGUUUCGCGCGCGUGCACAGAAUUUCGAAUGUUAACAUGAUGCUCGAUGCGACAGUUAACGGAUGGUGCGUUUGAUUUCUGCUAAAAAUGGAAGAGAAUGUCUGAUGUGGAGCAGCAGUUCCGAUUCCGAUGAAUUCGUUUCCUGUACAUCCGUUAUACUUUCUCUCGUGCUUUGCUUUAAUUGACCGCACAGAUCGUUUAUUAGAGAAAACGCAACACUUUGUUCCCCUGAGAUAUUUGUUAAACAUGAUUUGUAUAUAAUUUGUGUAAAAUUACUAUAUAUACAAUAAUUUUUUUGAAUAUUCCUUUUCUUUGUAUCGGUGAGAAAUGUAAUGUUUGAAUUGAUAUUAUUAAACUCAGAGCAUAGUGGCACACAUAAUAAGUUUCACGAGUCAACUGCAAAGUGACGAGAUACUUUAAUGCACGCAGGUUGUAUAAAAAUUGGUUGUGCGUUGUUACAUUGAGGCUUUCGAUACGCUUCUCCUUUCGCAUUCUUUUGAAUACACCACAUACGCGCGUAUGUGUGAGUAAAAGAAUGACGAUAAGAGCGAGCGGAUCGACAUUCAGCUUCGUACUAUGCACUCUGUGUUGUGAAUGGUAUAUAGAUCUAUAAGAAAAAUAAUACAAUAAUAAUUAUAAUAAUGAUAUGGAAAUACGUGUAUAUGUAUACACAUAUAAUAUAUAUAUAUAUAUAUAUACAUAUACGAUAUAUUUAUAUAACCGAGCAUCAUGCUAUUUUAAGCAUAAGUAAAGACAAUUUUUUAUAUACAUUACAAUUAUGCUGAAACCUGAUGAUAAUAUUUAUCUACAUGUCGAGGUAGACGAAAUGACUCUAUACCACGACGCGAUGCUGCGUCUCGCUUUGCUAAUCGACAAAUCUCGCUCACGAAAGUUACUUAUUGUAGUGCAUCCCUCCUUAAUUUGUCACGGAAGAGUCGUAUUAUUUUUGCCCGGAAUGUCAGAAGUACGAAACAUUAUAUAUAUAUAUAUCAAAAUAAUAUAAUGUUGAACCCCAAAAAUUUUGAUAGUGCAGGUUUUUAAUACGAUUACAGAUUUGACAUUUAAAAAAAAUAUAUAACAAUAAUUAUAUUUUAUCAUUUUUUAUAAUUGUGUAGUUGAUUAUUAUUAAUUUAAUUCUGUCGUGCGAUUUUCGCGAAGCACACAUGAAGAUGUCUGAUUUUUCGACUAAUACGACUCUUCAGAUUUCCGCCGUUAGAAGUUUUAUAGGUGUAUGACCCUUUGCUUUUUGUCAAAUGUAAUACUAAACAUACCUAAUGCCUAUAGCGAAAGCUGCUAAAGAGAGCCGUUCCUCGAAGAAACGAAACGGUGCAAUAGUAUAAUCCAACAUAAAUUAUUCUUAUAACUAACUACUAAGCUGAUAUAAAAAUUGCGAUAACGAACUUUAAAAAAAAAAAAAGAAAAAAAGACAUCAUACGUCAUGGAAUUUCUGCCAUUGUACUGUGUGGAGAGGGAAUAGCAUAUCUACGCGCAUACAAAAAAUAUAGAUAUUCGUGUGUGUAACGGAGAUUAUUUUUUUUAUAUAGAAAACGCGUCCGCAGCAAAUCUCUUAUCACUAUAGUAAGCGAGAAAUGAUAAUGGCAUUCUCUGACGAAUGCGAAGAAUUGACAUACACCAACCGCGCUUUAUAUAUAUUUAUAUAGUCAAUAUAUUUUCUAUUUUUUUCUACAAUUAUAGAAUUGUGUAAGAAAAUCGCCGAUAAAUGAAGGGACGCGAGGCAAAAAAUUAACUAGGAGUCAUGAUGUAGAGAGAAAUAUUUCAUGAUUUCACGACGAAAUUAUAUAAUCGCGAGUGUAAACGUAUAUACCUACAGUAAUAAUGGCAGAUAUUUUAUAUUCAUAUCAUGAACACACACCGAUAAUAAUCUAUGUGCUACUGUAGUGAUCCCUGUAGGCGCAAUUUUCAGUAUGUUUGUAAUUUUUGAAGAUAAGGCAUUGAGAGAAGACAAUCCUGAGAGAGUGACUUCUUGCAAAUCACUUUCAAUUUUCUAUCUCACAUAUUAUUUUAAUUCUUCUGCAUCUUUUAGAUUUUCUGUAUACCAACUUAUUAAAUUUAACAUCUGUCUUUUUAGUGUCAUAUAAAACUCUGAAAAGUCUUCUUUCUUCUAAAGGAUUCUAAAAAUUUCUCUAACGCUAAAGAGAAAUUUGUUUGGAAUCUUUUUCCAGAUCAAUUUUUUUACAACGUAAAAAAAUUGAUCUGGAAAAAGAUUCCAUCAAUAUCAAUUUUUUUACAACGUAAAAAAAUUUAUUUGCAACGUAAAUUUCUUUCAUCGAUGCCUUAUAAUCUUUUCUGAAAGUCUUUUCUUCUUUUUCUCUAAUUAAAUCUAUUGCAUCAACAUUUUCACCCUCUCUUCUGCGAAUAGUUCUCCCCGCUUGUCUUUCGUUUUCGUCUGCGUAUAUAUUAUCGUUGCAUCGCUUAUAUAACGGCACCGCUGCGACUUAGACGUGCGUGCACAAUCGUUCUCGUAUAACUUGCAUAAUUAUCCCCCGAUAUACCUCGAUGAUUAGUGCACUCUUCGACGAAACGUAUAUAUUAAGCGAAGCACAAUGCCAAUAGAAUAGUAUGUUUAUGGUUGCUAGUGCCACCAUGUAUCGUCCCCAACAUACAUAUUUGCCUGCCUAAUUACAUCCCGAUGUGCGAUGAACAUACGUGUGUGUGGUCUCUACGGAGAAAAAAAGGAGAAAAAAAAACACGCUAUGGCUUCUUCCAUGACAGAAUGUACCGAUAGUUUCAUAGUAGAUAAUUAAUGUCGGAUACUGGGUGUUUUCUCCUACUGUGUAACUAGCGAACUUUCCUUGUUUCCUUUCGUGAAACUUACACUUUACCCGGCAUAUCGCUGGCAUGGUUAACGUUCGUUAAAAACAUUUUGAGAAACAGCAGCGAAGAAAGAGAAGAUUGUAUUACAACGGAUAAUAUCGCAUUUUUAUUUAUGUCGCGAAUGCAUAAUUCGAUUGUCAAUAAUUUAUUAGUAUGUUUAGUAUAUUUAGUAACAGAUUGUAUUCGGGAUCGGAUUUUAGGACAUUCCGAAAUAUCGGGAAGAGUUGCAUAGUUAUAAUUAUCUGUAAUAAUAGUAGUUAUACGUCUGAUUUAUUCUAAUAAUUGAGUCUGUAAAUUAUAAUUUUUUUUUAAUUUUAAUCCUAUUUGUACAUAAUUUCAAAAUUUGAUUACUUAUUACUGUAAUUAAUCAUAAUUUUAAAACUAGUCAGAUACAGCUUUUAAGUUACAUAGUCUUAAUCUUUUCUAUUUCCUUUAUUCUAAAAAAAAAAUUCAUUUUAAAUUCUUCGCGCUCUUAUUUUACAAAGAUCUUGCUAUAAUUUUUUUUUUUAGAUCUGUGAUGUAGAUAAGUGAAGAAAAAAUCCGAUCCUGAACGGUGUAUUCUUUUGUAGUAUUCGAUGAUGUCUUAUAGAAUUUUAUUUUAGUACAGCGCUGUGAGAUGGAGAGUAGGGGCCAUAAAUGACCAAAAAGGAAUAGUUUAGCUUUAAUAAAUAUACUUCCGUUGUUAUCGAUACUUGUUGUUUCUGUUUGCUAGAAUCGUUUUUUCUUGCGUAUAUGCACGUUGUUGCGUUUUGUAUACUCAUUGUUUGUCCUCUUUUUUUAAUUGAUCUGUAUUAUAUAUUACUUUACCGAUCAAAAUCUCUCAGUCAAAAAUAGUACACGUGCACUUAGCAAUAAAUUGUUAUUUGUUGUUUAUUGGCGCAAAACGUGCGAUGUCAGGGAGUUAGAAAGUCAUGGGCUGUCUUUCAGUGAUUCUAUAAAACAUGACAUUUACUCGCGAGAUAAAAGAUGAAGUUAGUAUUAAUUUUGUUACCUUAUUAUUUUUCUCUUUACCAAAACGGAAGCAAGAGAUUGAGAUUUUUUAUUUUUGAGAUUGUUUAGCCAAUGAUUUUCGUACGCUUAACUUUUUAAAAGGCGAUGGCAAUGAAUAUACAUUCCACCAAGUACAAAAAGACACCUUCCGCGCAAUCUUUGAUUAAGCGGAUAUUAUGCGGAAACGUAACGGUAUAUUUACUGGAUUAGACAUUGCUUUCCGGGUAAUAUUUUUUUUUCUGUAAGAUGAAAGUAAUGAUUGUGCUUGAGUGCAAAUACCGUCACUGUUCUAUAGACUGUUGCGACAGAUGUAACGUCGUACAUAGUCCGCGCACGUUUCGCGCGAGCCGAGGAGAGCAUUACACUAGGCACAUAUCAGCGAGAUGUAAUGGAAAAAUUAUCAGUAAUUAGCGGCGCUCUGCACUUCGUAUCUUUAUAAUAUCGAUACCGUUUGCGAUCAUUAGUGUAAUAUGUGUAAUUAACCGAAUGUCAUCAAGUCUCUUUUGUUAAAGCGAAAAUUAAACAUUGAAUUUCUUACGAAA